AUGUCGCUAACACGGAAAUACUGGGAUGAGGACUAUGUCAGAGCCCUCGAAGCUCAAGUACAAUCGCUGCUGUUGGCCUUGGAGAAGCAAAGCGUCGAGAAAGAGCCAUCACCAGCGCUGUCUCUAAGUGACCGAGCAUCUCAGUCGGCAGAGCCCGAUGCAACCCUCCGAGAAAGUCUCGAUGGAGGUGACGCCACUGAAGGUCUCGCAGUCGGUGGCGACGACGAGGACACCAAAGACGUUGUCUCCAUAGAAGACCACGGAGGUAGUGCAAGUAAGGACUCAGGGACACAGGAGAGGUCUCAGAUGGCAAUGGAAGAGCUGUGUGUAAUGCUUUGGAGAACCAAUGUCGGUGACGGGGUAACCAUCAUCGACGACCCUGCCACUGGGUCUCACUACGCAGUCGAUCCCGUACGACCACCUGUACCUAUGGCCCAUCAAGUCAUCCCUCCAGAACAGGUUCUCGUUUACUGUCGACAAAAGGGCCUGAUUCACGAGAUGGCGGAUCUCUUUUUGGAAAACAUCAACCAAGAACACCAAUUCACGCCCUACACGACAACCGACUUUCUACACAGCUACCCUUACCAAUCCCCGGAUGAAGUCUUCUUACACAGUGCCAUCAUCGCAACGGGCACAACCUUUACACGAAGACCCGAUGCCACCCUCAUAGGAGAUGCAUUCGCGCAGUUUGCAGAAAGCCUCAUCUUCACCUGCUGCCGGCAGAAUCCCACACUCAAGGUCAUCCAGGGGCUGUCAAUGAUGUCCUGGCGCUCAUUGGCUAUGGGGAGAGACCACUUCGGCUGGAUGUUCAUCUCCAUGGCCGCCGGCAUGUGCGUACAUCUGAGACUGCACGUUCUGGCGCUAGACGAGUGCGAAGCCAGGCAGUUGGAGGCUACGGAGCAGGAGAUUCGCACUUUUUGGAUGUUUUACAUCAUUGACCGGACAGCGAUAUCGAUUCUCGGCCGUAAUUGCGCAUUGCCGUGGCGCAGAGUCAACGUGCCAGACUUUGAGAUGACCUUUGAGAACUCGAAGGCGGGCCUAGGUCAAGUAUCUUUUGCAUGGCAGUGCAAAUUGUGGUAUCUACAUGACCAGUACAUGGACCAGGUCUUCUCAACAAACUUUGAAUCUCUACCCAUACCGCAACAGGUCCGCAUCCUCGUAGCAAGUCAAGACGCACUCAGCGCCUUCUUCCGCUCUCGCGAUGAUAGGCUCCAUCUCUCGGGCGACUCGACCCCGAAACCAGUCAUCCAAUUCCACCUAGCCUACCAAAUGACAAUUCUCAUCACCAUGCCCCCUUUCCUCCGCAUCUUCGCCGCAAUCUCACAAAACUCAGACACAACCGAGCCAGGAAACACCAACAACAACAGCAGCAGCAGCAGCAGCAGCAGCAGCAGCAAGAGACAAAACUCGGAAUUCAUGCUCCUGGUUCUCCGCUCCCUUACCGCAGCAGCGACAGCAACCUCCCGCCUCGUCCGGACCUACCGCCGCGCCCACGGCUUUGACAUCUCCCCGAACCCAGUCAUCAUCCACCACCUCCUCAGCGCCGCCAUCGUGCACCUCAUGAACGCGACCAGCUGGACACCAGCGCUGCGGCACCAGAGCACCUACUGGCUCCGGCAAUGUCUCGAGCUCCUGCGCGAGCUGCAGGUCUCGUGGCCCGUCCGCGCGAUCAAGAGCAUCAAGAUUAUCCGCGUGCUCGCGCAGCGGUGGGGCGUCAUGAGGGCUUUACCCAUCGAGUUUAGCUAUCAGAUCGAGCAGACUGCUGCCAUGGCGCCUGAUGCUCAGAGUGGUUUGGGCGCGAAUAUUACGCAAUCCAGGAGUAGGGACAUGGGCGAGGCGGAUCUGAGUGGUGUGAACCAGGUCCAGUUUGAGUAUGAGUGGGAUGGCUACGGCGCUACUGCGGCUGAUGCGCCACCCGUGGACUUUAGCACCUUGGACAUGAGCUCCUUUGCGUCUCUGGGAACUCUCGAUGUUUCUGGAUUGAGCGGUGAGCGGACGAAUGCUAUGGGCACUGUUGACUUUCUCCAGGCCUUUCAAGGGCUCACGGAUUGCGAAGACUUCAAUUGGCUUUCGACUAACAAUGGGUUAUGA